AUGACUCUGUUGGAGAACAACCAUCCAUGUGCCAUGUACAACUACCUUGUGAAUGUGCAAACAGGCCACAGAAGAGGGGCUGGCACCACUGCGAAGGUAAUGGUGACCCUCCAAUGCACAGAAGGGCAAAGCGAACCUUACAAUUUGUCUGACCCUGAGAAGCCAGUGUUUGAGAGGGGAGGGGUGGAUGUGUUCCUGCUCAGUAUGCCCUUCUGUCUUGGAGAACUGCAGAACAUUGACAUAUCACAUGACAACUCAGGUGGAAGCCCUGACUGGUACUUGGACAGAAUCACGGUGCAGGAUUUACAGACGCACGAGGUCACAUACUUUCUGUGCUCCACCUGGCUGAGAGGUGAAACAUGCAGGAGGAACUUCAACUCAGCCAAGACGAAUGAAAUUGCAAGCUUUGGCAAUAUCUUCCAGACCCGGACAUCUUCUGGUUUUCGGGACGAGCACAUCUGGGUGUCAGUUGUCGACCCUCCACGGCGCAGUCCUUUCACACGUGUUCAGAGAGUGUCAUGCUGCAUGUCUCUGCUGCUCUGCACCAUGGCCAUUAACAUCAUGUUCUGGAACCUUCCUGUUGAUGAAGAGUCGCCUGUCCUUCUAAAGAUAGGCUCUUUUGAACUGAAAUGGCAGGAGUUCAUGGUAGCCAUAGAGAGCGGCCUUUUCAUGUUCCCCAUCAACAUCCUGAUCAUAACUAUCUUCAGACACAUCAAACCACGCAUUCUCCCUAACAAAGACAAGGCUGGCACCUCCAAGAAAACAACAUCAGCUGCUGCUGUGUCUAUGAACACUAUCAUAAAGGUUCUUGCACAAGUAGUUCUGAAGAAACCAUAG